GCUUCAGCUUUCACCAAUUGCGGUUAUGUCGGUCAAACUGGAGAAGUGUGUUGGUUCAAAAUAUGCGCCAGCCGGGACAACUACUUACCGACUGGUUUCGCUGUCGGCGGAGCGAGUUGCUUUCAAGGCACGCAUUCCCGAAUCACACAGCUGCGAAAUAUACCCCUCGGAAGGAUUCUUAGAUAGUGGAGAGAUGGUUACUUUGACUAUCAGUACUUCUCAACUUCCUUCUGCUAAAUUAAUGGUGAAGUGGACAGAAGUUCCUGACGGUCUGGAUAAUGUAGACUUAGCGAUGCGAAGAAGGAUUGGCCGAUCUGGAAACAUAAUUCAUCCUCUGAGACUGAAAAGUACCUACACUGAGAAGCAGUAUCCAUCGGCGUUGUUGAAAACUUUCGACGAUCCGUGGUCGGAAGAGAGACGGCCAUGGUUGCUAUUGAAAUCUGGUUACGAGACCCUGGCAGCGAGGGACGAGGACUUGAUUUGGAAUGCCGUCGAGAAGGUCAUCAAAGAACUCGCGAAAUGUUCCGUGUAUUUGGAGAUCUGUCCUAUGUACUAUAGCCUGUCUUGUACUAUCAAAAAGGAGGUUGCGAGUGAGAUCCGAUACAAUCUCAAACCGGCAGAAUCAAAAAUCUUUCCAGUCCUGUUCCUCAUCGACGACCAGAACGGCAAAUUUACCGAUUUCAUCAAGUAUUACUUCUCAGCCGAUUUUUACAUCUUCACGCUCAGUGGGCAAGAGCUUGUUGACAUUGCCAUGUGCAGCGUAGACAGGCCUUUUACGCAGUUAAAGAAUUGGUGCAGCGAAUUUGCUGGACUUAUUGGCGAUUCGGAAGAAGGCUACCACUCCUCGGAAUCCAAUAAUAAUUCUGGAGACGAUUAUUAUGGUCGCAAAUUUUCUCGGCGGAUAAAUGAUUACGACCUUCUUUAUGCUGGAAAUCGCCACAAUGCUGAAACAUAUCAUGAAAGAGAUCGCCAUACUGCUGAAACUUACCAUGACCGAGAGUAUAUCGACGACAGAAGGAGUGAUGAAGGCUCGUACAAUGAGCGAAAUUAUCCCUCUCAAGGGUAUGAGGAGCGAGAAACUUCGUGUACUCGUAAAAAUACACAUGAUUCUUAUUCCUCCCAUGUCAGAGAAUCCACCACCGAAUAUCCUCGCGGUCACGAACAAGAGGGCAGCGCUUUUAGGAAAUGCUCGAGUGUCUCUUUCUCCGAUUACAAGAAAUGCAGUCGUGUUGAAAGCGGUGUUUUUAAUGUUGAUGAAGAAGAAUUGGACAACAUUCCAUCCCGAAAGUAUUCCAGCGUUCUUCGUCCAGCUCCUAGAACAACGGGUAAUCGUGUUGAAAGCGGUGUGGUGAGCAUGGAUGACGAAGAAUUAGACAGUGCUCCUCUCAAGAAGUAUUCGACUGUCUCUCGCUCCAGUCUUAGGAAGAAUAGUCGUAUUGAAAGCGGGAUCCGUAAACGCUGCUGUGCAUCAUAUCAGGAUCGCAGCACAAACGAUCUUCGAGAAGAGAGACUUUUGGAAGAUGAAGCUCGUGAAAGCUAUGUGGAGUAUGAUGCUCGAGGGAGACGUGAAGAAUCACCCAGUGAUAGACGCGAUCGCUCAACGGGAAGAGCUGAUAAUGACAGGAACGUUAACGAUGACGAUGCUGAAGGUCGUGAUCAUUGCGAAAGAGACCAAAAAAUCCAAGAAGAGCCUCUUUCGGAUCAAGCUAUCGCCUCCGCUUGUGACAUAGAUCUAGCUCUUGAUUAUGUAAAAGAAAACAGUCAGGAUCCGAGUAUAGCCUCCUACGUAGCUGUGCCUUAUUUGUUCAACCGACUAGAGUCUCCAUUCGAAGAUUUGAGGACAAAUAUAAAUGUGAUGCGGCUUAUGUAUUUGGCAUGCUCCGUGGAUUGUCUUGGAGAAGAAUACGAGAAAGCUUCACUUGACAUCGUCAAAUCGCUUAUCUCAUCGGGUUACAUUCAAAAGAUGUGCAUUUGGUUUGGUUCACCAGCUGUAGACGAUUCAAGCUUGUGGAGUGAUGAUUUAUGUGAAUUUUUGGUGUCGAUCAUGAAUCUGUUUAUAGUGAUUGAUGAAUUUAAGCGCCGCAGCGAUGAGAUUGCGGACGCUUGGAGAAAGUACCUCCGUCUGCUUAAUGCGUUACCGGUAAACUUUUGGCGCCAAGUGCCUGCUCGCUACUGGCUUGAAGAAAAGGCGGAACGUCUAGAGCACUUGGGCUGUAGUCGCGAUCGUAUUGGUAGGAAGAAAAGUUCAAUUUCUCCAGCUGUGCGCGAUAGUCCUUUCCGCCCCAAGGAAGAAAACAAAAUUGUCAACUCUCCGGAUGUCACAUUUGAAGAUGCCUUUGCCCCUGCGCUUUGGGAAGAAUGUGAGAAGCGGAAGCCACCUUUUGACUAUCGCGAGUUGUGUGAGAUUCCAGUCAUCAAGGACAUUCAUAACACUGACGCUCCUUAUCUACGUCGUGCUAUCAUUGAUGGUCAUUAUGAAAACUCUGCACACUACCUGGACGUACUGUUUCGUUUGUUCCGCGAAGACUUGAUCAGUCCGCUCAGGGAUGGAUUGGCGGUGUACAAGCUUAACGGUAGUACGCGCUACCAGAGAUUGGUCGAAGACGAUAAUCAGCCCUCCUCAGACUUGCUUAUUUUUGACACAGUAGGAGUAGAAGGUGUACAAGUUCGCUCCAGUGAUGGUACAUUAUUCAGAUACGCUAAACUCAGUGAGGAGUCACGCAGUCAUCCAGCGCUUUCUCGCAAUCUCAUGUUUGGGCAGUUAGUCUGUCUAUCUUGUGACGGUUUCCAUGAAGACUUACAUCUUGCUAAAGUAGUGGAGCGCAAGGAAACUGAAAACACUGGAAUCGUAGCUCUCACUUUUAUGAAUGAGGACAACACAGUCAAGAAGGGGCGGUCAUACAAAAUAGCUGAGCCACAAAGCUAUCUGGUUGCCUAUCAGUACGUUCUACUAGCAUUAAAGGGUAUCAGCCCUUAUAGUCCAAUUGCAUUUGAACGUUAUAUCGUUUACGGGAAAUGUGAUGUACGCAAACCAUUGUACAUGAGGAUUGAAGAAGAUGUUGAGGAUAUAGUCAGCGAUGUGGAAAUAAGAAAGUAUUAUGAGGACCUUCGAAAGGAAACCAGAAUAAAACUCGCGCAAAAUUCCGAAGAGUUCCGUGAAAUUGAAGAUGAGCUGAACACUUCGUUGACGAAGAAGAAAGUUGGCGUUAUCAAUGCUCACGAGCUGGAACGGAUCAAGAUUAAGGAUGCAGUGCACGAGCUUGAUAAAUUGGACAAUGCGGACGUAUUCCCCGACCUUGAUGACAGCCAACGGCAAGCUGCUAUAAAGGCGCUCACAAACGAGCUGGCUAUAAUACAAGGACCUCCGGGCACAGGGAAGACGUUCAUUGGUGUCGAAAUUGCCAGAAUAAUGCUUCAUAAUCGGGAUCGCUGGGGAAUUACGGAGCCGAUACUUGUUAUGGCGUACACUAACACGGCAUUGGAUCAGUUUGCGGAAAAACUUUUGAAAGAGGCGCACUUGGACAUUGACAAAGGCUACUUCAAACAUGAGUUUCCCAUAGCAGCACGUCUGGGUUCGAAGUCAGAAAGUGAAUUGUUGAAGAGCGCUAGAUUUAUGAAGAAAGAUGUGAUCAACGAUUGGUCCAUCGAUCUGAAUACGGAUAACGUUAUCAAGGAAGUUGAAACAACUCAAAGGAAUAAGAGAGAAGCUCGUGAAAAGCUAUCCGAUGCCGCUUGUGUGCUGUGCGUCUACAAGAGAGACCUCAUUAGUUACAAGGCUCUCGCCAAGGUCAUUCCUGAAAAGUUCAAAGCUGAACUGAACGGAUGGAAAAUGUCACAUCGCGAUUCGUCUGGAUGUGAGCUAGAUAAUGAUGAAGCUCUGGCAUGUUGGCUAUUGGAUAAAGCAUACACAAAGGACGACAUUGCUAUGGAUCUACCUACACUUAGUGACGAUGAACUGUUUUUACCGGAGGACCUGCCUUCAGAUGAUGAGGAGGAAAGCGCUCCAAUAGAGAAGUUACUGGAAGAUGCCAACCGCCUUGCGCUGAAUGAAGAAGAUCAAGACGAGGCAGAUGACUUUUACCUAACGGAGCGUGUCUGGGACAUCGUUCGGGACAGUCCAUCCAUGAGCCAUGUUGUACUGUUCCACAAUAAAUUCAAGGAUAUCAGUGGAAAUGUACGAAGAACGCAUGACAGUCUGAUAGCUAUGGAAUGCGGUGAGAUUAGGGAAGCGAUUCUCAAAGUGAAACCUAUGAUGAGUGAAGAUGUUGAGGAUGUUAAGUAUAUAUUCUCGCUCGCGAAACAGCGUCGAUGGGAGCUGUACGUAUAUUGGAUGGAUCGCCUUCAAGAAUCCACUAGACUCCUAUUGCCAGCGCUAACUGAGAGUUACCAGUCGGCUUGUGAUAGCGUGAAAAACGCAAUGCUUAAUAAGGAUGCAGAGGUUUUGAGGAAAUGUCUGUUCAUUUGUGCUACCACUACUGGAGCAGCAAAGGAAAUCGAACUCCUUAAUAGGAUUCAAUGUCGUGUAAUAUUUGUUGAAGAAGCAGCUGAAGUUCUUGAAGCUCACAUUCUUGCUUCACUUAUGCCAUCUGUGGAGCAUAUGGUGCUGAUUGGAGACCAUCAGCAGUUGAGACCCAACCCUUGUGUGUAUGACUUGGCUCGUGAUUACCACCUGGACGUGUCUUUGUUCGAGCGAUUGGUGAGAAACGGAUUCCCGUACACGACCCUGCAGGUGCAACAUCGAAUGAACACGGCCAUCACGGAUAACAUCAUCCGCCCAUUCUUUUAUCCGAAAAUUGUUGACGACGCCAUUGUGCUUGAGUAUCCGAAUGUUCCUGGAAUGGAUAAGAAUUGCUUCUUUUGGAUGCAUGAUGCGAAGGAAUCGACUACCCCGAUUGCAACUUCUCGAUGGAACGAGCAUGAGGUUCAUAUGGUUGUUGCGUUGAUCAGGUACUUGAGAAAGCAAGGAAUCGAGUUUGAGGAGAUCACCGUCAUUGCGGCAUACUCAGCACAGAUGAUGGCUUUACGUGAAGCCAUUGGAAUUACUUUUGGCCGAUUGAGAGAAGAUCAAAGCGCUGUUUCGGUCCAGACUGUUGACAGCUACCAAGGAAAGGAAAAUCGCAUAAUAAUAGUGUCGUUGGUAAGAUCAGAAAUGGACGGAAUCGGAUUUCUAGCGGUGAAAAAUCGUAUCACCGUCGCGUUGACUCGAGCCAAGCAUGGAAUGUACGUGGUUGGAAACUUCGGUUAUUUGUCUCACUGCUCGUCAUUCUGGGAUAAAAUCUGUAACAAAAUGUUUGACAAUGAUCUCAUCAGUACAACACUGAGGAUAAAGUGUAAAACACAUGGGAAUGUGCAGGAAAUAGAGACUCCAAGUGAUUUUGCCGAAAAGUCGCCGGAAGGCGGCUGUCAAGAAAUUUGCGGUGCUGCGCUUGCGUGUGGACAUAACUGUCCGCGAAGAUGCCAUCCAAUCGACGAUCAUGAGGGGUACCCUUGUCUCCAGCCUUGUCUCAGGAGGUGUAAACAAGAACUUUAUCGCCAUCAAUGUCAGCGACAAUGCUAUGAAGAUUGUGGCCUAUGUAUGCAUGUGGUUACGGUAUCGUUAGAUUGUGGGCAUUUGACAAACGUAGUAUGCUCGUCAAUAGCCACUGCAGUAUGUGCUGAAAGAUGUAGCAAAAAGCUAUGCUGUGGUCAUCAGUGCUCCAAUCGCUGUGGAAAACCAUGUACUAUCAUGUGCCAAGAGCCUGUGACUCUAUCGGGAAAAAAUUGCAAACACACUUGGAGUGUACCCUGCUGUGAGAGCAACGUCAAUCUUGAUUGUCCCAAAACCUGUGGUAAAACGCUUGAAUGUGGACAUACUUGUGUUGAACUUUGCGGAAAAUCUUGCACAACCUAUUGUAAAGCGGAAGUAACUCGCAGAUUGAGGUGUGGGCAUUCUAUCACUAUGGCAUGUUCUGAAGACGAGACUACAAAAAAAUGCGAAACCCCAAUUUUACGUGAUCUGGAACGCUGCGGUCAUUCCGUGAUGAUUCCUUGUCAUGCUGGGAUGGACUCCUCAUAUUGUGUCGCGUUUUGUGGCAAAAAGUUACCAUGUGGACAUCAGUGCCUGAAGGAAUGUGGAGAAUGUUUCAAAGGUGGCGGUUGCAAGUGCGAUUCUCUCUGUGGAAAAAUAUUGCCUUGUGGACACAAAUGUACAAAAAAAUGUGGUGUCCAGUGUGAACCAUGCAUAUCGCCAUGUUUGUCAAGAUGCAAACAUCAGUAUUGUGGCAGCGGCGGUACCAUCCAGGAAAUUUCUUACGGCCGAAAUUGUUCACAGCCAUGCGUACUAUGCCCUCACAUGUGCGACAAUAGCUGUCAACAUCGUAGUUGCGGCAAGAGGUGCUAUGAGGUUUGUGACGUGAAGCCGUGUGAACAGCCUUGUACGUUGCGACUGAUGUGCGGACAUGGAUGUCUUGGCAUGUGCGGAGAGACUUGCCCGGGCCUCUGCGGCACGUGCAGGAAGCAGUCCUAUCUGGCACUAAUCAAAGAAUAUCUCGGAGUAUUUGUAGCUCUCAGCAAGCUGCCACGGCUUAUUGAAGUCGACGGCUGUCAUCAUAUCUUCCCUGUUGAGUAUCUCGACAAGCACUUUUCAUCAAGCCAAGAGCAAUGUAGUAUACCAUCCUGUCCUUUCCCUGAUUGUGACAAACCUUUGGCAGGAAUACAGCGAUACCUCAGACAAAUCAAGAAGCGAAAUCUGGAAAAGUAUCAGCAGCGGAUUACAUCGACGCUGACGUUAUCAGAAAAUUCAAGAGGAAAACUGAUGAAUGGCUGCUUAAAUACUAUACAGAAGGAGCUGAAGGAGUCUAAGAAGGUGCAACAGAUUGCAACAGUGCGGCAUGUUCCAAAAAGCGAUGUCGAGAUUGUGAACAGUGUAGUCGAGCUGAUAACCGAUGCGGAGAAAUCCUUGUCGGAAGAGCGUUUGAAGAACAACGACUUAUACAACUUCUGGAUGGGGUACACAAAAUUUGUCGUAGUACUGUCUCGUUUAUCGUACUCGUUUGUGAACUUGGCACGUGUUCGUGUAACGAAAACUACACCACCGCUUAUUGGUAGUAUUCUUCUUUUACUAGUACCUGGAGGAAGGGUACAUGGGGCUUUCGGUAGAGAAAUGAAGGAACUAUGUGGAUGGUUGAGAAAUUAUGGAUUGACAAGGCUUACCGGUGUUCUGGUGCCACGCGCUCGUUUCCUUGCUGUUCGUUCCAUAUUCUUAAAUGAUUUGAUGCUGCUAUGUAAACAUUGUCAUUGGGAAGCGAGAGACUUACCGAAUAAAGAAGUUGCGGAUGCUAUUUUCAAUUGUGCUCGUAAAUUUUUGGAAGCUACUCCUGAAAAGAACUACUUAUCAAUCUUAGAUGAAUUUGAGCAACUCAUGGUCAGUGUUUUGAAGAAAAUCGGACUCGAUGGGAAAUUCCAAACUCGUGAACAGCUCAAACUUGAGAUUCCGGAAUUCUAAUUGUACCACGAUCUUUCUUGUUUUUUUUUUGUUUUUUUUUCAGUGAUAUAUUCUCAUGACCUCUUGGUGAUUUGCCUUUGAUCUGACAUGAUUACAUGUGAAGGCAUAUUAUUUUUGUUUGAUUCUGAUACUAAGAUCUAGUUGUUUUUCGAAUCUGUGCUCAUAGCAUAUCUCUUACGGUCGGUGUUAUAGUAUAUCUUCGGGUUUAUUGCUUUACUUUGCUUUGUCGUAUCUGUGCAUAGUUGCUUAAAUGUUGAAAAAAAACAAUAAUAAAAAAAGGGUUAUC